ACAGGGCGAAGGGAUUUCGUGACAUCACGUGAGCAAUGACAGCUCGAGAUAUCGUCAAAGAUAUUGGGGAAGUUUAUUCACGCAUCUUCGAUCAUCGGCCCUUCACAAGCGCUGAAAUUCAGUAUUUCGUGAAGGAAUUCGAAGAAAAGCGCAGCGACAGGGAAGUGGAGAAUCUCUUUCACUGUCUGCAGAACACAUCGGAGACGAAGGAUUCGGGUGUGUCACGCUGCAGAGUGGCGUGCGAAGGGCAUUUGGAGGAGGUGAAGAGAGCCUUGGAAGUCGCUUUGGGCGCUUGCGAGGAGGUUUGCAGUCACACGGCGGAUCCCAAGCUUGCGGAGACACUCGAGGCCAAUCGUGUGGCCAGGAAGGACGUAUGGAGUCACUUUGUUGAUGAUAUGGCACACAAGUGUUCCAGAGUUGAUCACACUUUUGAGCAGAAAGAGGAAGAAUUGCGGGAUUUCUAUCUGGAUCUUGAGCGCAAGUUGCACAUUCAUCAGUGA